AGCAAAAUUUUUCCUGAGUUUGCCCUAGCAAAAGAGAAGUCUGAAAAAGUUUUCACGUUUUCUGCUUGGUACUCACACCUUUUUUUGCCAGCCAUGUUCAGUCCUAUCUGCACAAUCACCAUCUUCUUAUGCUUCAUUGUAUCAUCAUUUGAUUAUUCCUGGUCUCUUCCAGCUCAUGAUGCCAAUUUGAGGUCAAAGAGAUCAGUGGAUGUGGAUAAUCCAGAAGAUGUAUUCAGAGUGCUCUUUAAGCUCGCUCAAGACGUAAUUGAUUCUGAUAACGGGAUCCACAGUGACAAGCGCGGCAUUGACCUUGGCCUCUCUAGAGGAUUCUCCGGAAGCCAAGCAGCCAAGCAUCUAAUGGGCUUGGCGGCCGCCAAUUUCGCCAAUGGACCCGGACGCAGACGUCGUGAUACUGAAAGCCAAUAAUUCGAAUCCGACUGAUUUCAGUUAUUUUUUAUUUUCUCUUGUACAUAUUACAUAACAAUGUCUGAACUCAACCACAAAAAUACAGCUUUCAUCUUCAUUCAAAUAUUUUAUUAUUGUACAUUUCUUUGAAAAAUUCUCUGUUUGUAAUUUAUUUGCUAUGUUUUUUUCUACGCGAUUAAAAAUUUAUCUCUGUUGAAAA